AUGGUUUGCAGCAAGCUCACUUAUGCGAGUGAAAUGUAUGGCUCAGACUCUUCAUCCUCUCUUCAUCGCUUAGACAUUCUCCAAAAUUCAGCCAUCCGUAGUAUGCUGGGGGCAUUCCCCUCCACCCCCAUUGCAGCCUUGGAGGCAGAGUCGGGGAUAGUCCCUCUCUCGUCAGGAGAAAAUCGUCAAAGCCGCAGUCGUAGCCACAGCGGCAGUCAUGGGCGCUCACCAAGCAGGAGCAGAAGCCGUAGUGCAAGUGGUAGUCGCAGCCGUAGUCGCAGCAGAUCUGGCAGCAGGAGCAGGAGUCGCAGUAGAAGUCGGAGUCGAAGCAGAAGCAGAAGUCAGAGUAGGAGCAGGAGUAGGAGCAAGAGCAGAAGCAGGAGUAGGAGCAGAAGCAGAAGUCGGUCCAUGAGAUCUGAUGAAGCGAUGGAAGCUCGAAGUGGGGAGGAGGAGAUAAGUGGAGAUGAAGAACCAGCUGAUGGUGAAGAUAUUGGAAAUUCGGAAUAUGAUAGUGAAGAAGAUGAAGAUGAUGAACGUCUUGCUAAAAAGAAAAGAAAGCGAGGUGCUGUCUCAGAUUACUUCUUGGAGGAGGCUGAAGUGGAUGACGAUGAGGGGGAAGAUGACGAGGAUGAGGAAGGUGACUACUAUGAUCUCUUGGGCAAUGAAAAAGAGGAAGUUGGUGUUACUGCCCGAGAGAUUGAAGCCAACCGUAGAGCACACAGUGUCUGGGACAAUGAACGUGAGGAAGAAAUUGAAGAAUACUAUCGCCGCAAGUAUGCUGAGGAGUCAUCAGCUGCUAUGCGCUUUGGUGAAGGAGGAGAAGAAAUGAGUGAUGAAAUUACCCAACAGACUCUGCUUCCUGGUGUUAAGGAAAACCUAAACCUGUGGAUGGUGAAAUGUCCCAAUUUGGGGAGGAAAAAAUUAAAUUGCUUGCAACUGAUGCGUAAAAUGAUCGCAUAUCAAUUUUUCGGAAGAACCUCUUCAGAUCAAGGGGCUGUUGGGGCCCCAGAAGGGGUGAAAGGCUUCAUUAUAUUGAAAGGGGAUACAAAACAGUCCAGUUUAAAUCAACCAUGGGUGGUGUACAAAUUCAGGCUUUUGGGAAUGGAACGACGAUGGUCCAAUCAAUCAAAUACCGUGGGGGGGUUUAAAAGUGUAGUUAAGGAAGUUCCCAAAACGAAGCGAGGAGCGUGGGUCAGAUUGAAAGGGGGUAUUUUCAAGGGUGAUCUUGGGACAGGUUUUUAUGUUUGGGUGCCUCACAAAACACUGUACAAACCCUUUAAACUCAUUCCUCGUAUCGACUAUACCUUUUUGAAAAAUUCUAGAACUAGUCAGUCAGAUAAUGACCUCAAGAGAAAGAAGUUUCGGCGACCACCACAAAAACUCUUUGAUAAUGAUGCCAUUCGUGCCAUUGGUGGUGAAGUUACUCAAGAUGGUGACUUCCUUAUAUUUGAAGGAAACCGUUUUACACACAAGGGUUAUCUGUAUAAGACGUUUGCCAUCUCUGCGAUUAUGGCUGAUGGUGUAAAGCCAACCUUGAGUGAACUGGAAAAGUUUGAAGAACAGAGCUUGGCUGACAUGGAGCUGACCACUACUGGCCGUGAAGAUGAGGGCCAUAGUUUUGCUCCAGGUGAUAAUGUAGAAGUAAUCGAAGGUGAACUGAUGAACUUGAUGGGCUCCGUGACGCGUGUAGAUGGAAACAAAAUCACCAUUUUACCAAAACACGAAGAUUUGAAAGACGAACUAGAAUUUUUGUCUCACGAACUGAAGAAAUACUUCAAUCAAGGUGACCAUGUGAAAGUUAUUGCCGGGAGAUAUGAAGGUGACACUGGAUUGAUUGUUCGAGUGGAGGAAAACAUGAUCGUUCUCUUCUCUGACUUAACCAUGCAUGAACUGAAGGUACAGUACUCUGUAAUUUUGUCCUUUCUUUCUCUCUUUCACAAAUCUAUUUCUGCCACUUUGGUGCCUGUUUCAGGAUAUUUCUUGUCUGAAGCCAAACAAAAGCAUCUCUAUUUCAUUGGUAUGUAUUCCAGACGUCCAAUUGACACCAAGAAAGCUAAUAAAUCCAUAAAUCCAUGUGUUUUCAGCCAAACACAAGAAACAGCGAGCUUUCUCUCAGUACCUGAAAUUAACAUUCAACCUCUGUGUAGUGCACAGACAGUUGCAGUCAUUGUGAGAUUGGAGAAGGAGAACUUCCAAGUCUUGAACAUGCAUGGUAAGCUGGUUCAUGUCAAACCUCAAGCAGUCCACAAAAAGAAGGAAAACCGUCGUGCCAUGGCCCUUGACUCUGAGAGAAAUACAAUCCAAGUGAAGGAUAUUGUCAAAGUGAUUGAUGGUCCACACUCGGGUCGGCAAGGUGAAAUACGUCAUUUGUAUAGAAAUUUUGCAUUUCUCCACUCAAAAAUGAUGCUUGAAAAUGGUGGUAUUUUUGUGUGCAAGACAAGGCAUCUGGCUCAGGCUGGAGGAGCUAAGUCAGUUGGAGGUGGGGUAGGGAUAGGUGGUAUGGGGAUGGGUCUUAUGUCUCCAUGGCUGUCAUCUCCAGCCCAUCCAAUGGGUGGUGCAAGUGAACGUAGUGAUGGUGGUGGGGGCGGUGGGGGUGGAGGUGCAGGGUUUGGCGAGCGUGGCAGAGGACGAGGGAGAGGAAGAGGAGCUGGCAGGGAUCGUGGUGUUAUUGGGCAGACAAUCAAGAUCACACAAGGACCAUACAAAGGUCAUGUUGGUAUUGUUAAAGAUGCCACAGAUUCAACUGUCCGUGUUGAACUUCAUUCCAAGUGCCAGACUAUUAUUGUGGAUCGUUCUCGUGUAGCAGUUGUGGGGUCCACCAGUGCCAAGCCUGGUUCCUUCACUUCCUACACUCGUACUCCAACUUGGGGCUCUGCCACACCAAUGUAUGGCAACACUGGUUCACGCACACCCAUGUAUGGUUCACAAACUCCACAACACGAUGGUUCUCGAACACCGCACUAUGGAAGCACAACACCUUCACACGAUGGAUCUGCUACACCUGGCAGACAAUCUGCAUGGGAUCCCACUAUCACCAACACACCAGCAAGACAUUCCGAGUUUGAUGACUACUCCUUUGAUGAGGCAUCACCUUCACCGGCUUACAAUCCUGGUACCCCAGGUUAUCAGUCAGAUGCUGGGCAGGGUCCGUACACACCACAGACCCCUGGAACAGUUUACAGCUCAGACCACAAUUACAGCCCAUACCAGCCUGAACCUUCACCCACAGGUUACCAAUCUGGUGGUAGUCCUGCUGCUUAUGUGGGCACACCAAGCCCUGGCACAGGUUACCAAGGCUCUCCAUCACCAGGCUCUGGAGGGUAUGCCUCACCCUCACCAUUAGCUUCAUACAGCCCCAUGACACCAGGUGCACCUUCUCCAUACAAUCCUCAAACACCAGGUGCAGGUAUGGACUCCUUGGGCAUGCAAGAUUGGCAGACAACAGAUAUUGAAGUGAGGAUCAAGGACACCCACGAUGAUUCUGGUCUCAUUGGACAAACUGGUAUUAUCCGAAGUUUAUCGGGUGGAAUGUGCUCUGUAUUCUUGCCAGAGGAAGAACGUGUUGUCAACUUCUCCUGUGAGACGCUGGAGCCCAUCACACCAGAACAAGGCGAUCGUGUCAAAGUAAUUUUUGGAGAGGAGCGUGAGCAGACGGGCAACCUUCUCUCCAUAGACCACAAUGAAGGUGUAGUAAAGCUAGAUCAUGCAGAUGUAAAGAUGUUGCAACUUCGCUAUUUGUGCAAAAUGAAGUAACUUGCGCAAUUUGAAAUUUUAUUUGAAUUUUUUUUCCUUAUAUGAGCUGUUCUUUUGAAAAGGAAAUAGGCUGUAAUUGUUAAAACUGCAGCUUUUUAAGUAAUACAUAAACAAACAAGAACCUAUGUAAUCUUAACUGUUUAUUGGAUCAAUAUCUUGGCAUUACUGUAGAGGUAUGACCAAAUUUAGGAAAUAUUGAGCGUAUUGAUCAGAUUUUGUGAUUUCUUGUGCUAAUGAAGUUGGUAGAAUUACAACAGAGAUUUUAGGAAAUAUAUGAAAAUUUAGGAAUAUUUAUGAAAUAUGGCUAAGGAGUAACUAGAACUAAAUUAAAGUACAUUGCUGUAGUAAUAGUAAAUGUAAGUAUUCUAAUUGUUUCAGGUCAAAUUGAGUUUUCUUGGUCUAUCAGACUUAGCUAAAUGGAGUAAAAAAGUGCAUGAAACAUCUCUAUAAUGUAACAUAAGGUCAUAGGUAAUCAGGAUUUUUACUGUAGCAAUUAGAUUCUUCAAAACCUUUCAUUUGUUAGGUUUUCUCAUGAUGCUUUUCUCUAUUUUAUCUUUCAUUUUUGAUGCAGAUUUUCUUAAUUGCUGUACUUACUCAUUCAUUGCCAAAUAGUGUGUGUAAAGCCCCCCCAAAAAAAAAAAAGAAAAAAACAAAACAAUACUGGUUACCUUCUUUUUAUUUUGCACUGGCCAUUUUCCACUGAGGUGGGUAACACUUUCACCAUCAUUCAUUCAGUUGCUGUCUUGUUAUAAGUUCAAAUGAUCUUCAGAACUUCAACAUCCUCACCUUUUAUGUAGUGCUGGCACUGUACUUUCCACCUCCAGGACUUGAGUCUGGCUAACCAGUUUCCGUCAAUACCUUCACAACUGUUACUUUGCUCACACUCCAAUAGGGCACCAAGCCAUAAAAUUACUUUUUUGUACUCUAAGAUGCUCAUUCAAGCCUGUUUGAUGUUCAUGAUUCUACCACUCAAAACCUUCUUUACCCCCUCCCUCCAACUUUUCCUGGGACAACCCCUACCCCCUCAUUUCUUUCACCUCAAGUUUAUAUAAACUCUUAGUAAUCCCAUUUUGCUCCAUCCUUUUUAAAUGCCCAAAUCACACUGGUAAUCAAUUCUCAGCCUCUGAAUUGUAUUUUUGGUAACUUCACCCCAUCUUUUAAUCUCCGCCCUAAAUUUUCUGGUUCUCGAAUUUAAUUCACUCCAGAUGUCGAUAUGACAACCAAAAUGGACAACAACCAAAGCAGUUUUUCCCAUAAAGAAUAAUGUAAAUAGAAUUAAUCCAUUCCAGAUCUCAAAUGACAAUAUAAUAAUUUAUUAAAAAUGUGCUAACUACUACAUAAAACUAUAAAAGUGAAUACUAAAAGAAACUCUAACUGAAAUACUGUACAGUAAAUGAAAAUUUAACUGCCUCUUACAGUAAAUAGAAAUUUAACUGCCUCUCCUCUCUUAGAGAAGAGCUAAUGGUGUACUGGAAGCAGGAGGUGAAGGAGAGGAGGGGGUAUGUUAUUGCUUAGAAGAGUACCCUUCUAUUAAUAUGUUGGGCAACUGUUCUCCUGGUGUUUUCUCUUUGUCUCUUUUCACCGCUAAUACCUUGUUCUGACUCGCUGGUUCUUUGUCUCUCUGAAAACCUGUCAAUUGAGGUUUGUUUCAGGGUCCAUUUUAACACUUCUUUAAAUUGAGACAUUACACUGUCAUUGUACCAAGACAUUUUUUUUCUUGAAUUCCUUGUUUCAAAACUGAUUUGCUCAACAAGUAAUGCAGUUGACAGCUGAGGUUCCACUAAGUUUACCCCCACACAUUGUUCUCAAAAGUGACAUCUCCACUGCCUCCAGCCUCCUCCUCAAUGCAAAGUUUCAAAUCCAUGCCUCACACCUAUAAAGAGUGUUGGUACUACUAUGCUCUGCUGUAUUUCCCUAUUUUGCCUCCUUAGGUAAACUUCUUUUCCUUAGAUGCCUCAACACACCAUCCACCUUUACUCCCCUUCGUUUAUUCUGUGGUUCACCUUCUCUUUCGUUGACUGAUCUAUGUUCACUUUUAAUUUUCUUCUUUUACAUACCAUGCAAAAUUCCUCCAACCUUUGCAACUUCUUUCAGAAUCUCAUUGAACUGUGCCAUUGAUAAAGAACAUCUGUGACAACUUCCUCCACUUGAGAUCAGAAUUAUCUUUUAAUCCAGCACCUGCCUCUGCCCGCUUUUCCUUAGCAUUCACCUCUUUUACAACCGCACCUCUAAAUGUGAGAUUACACACCCAUGUCUAAGGUUACUUUUACUGGUUACUAGUUCCCGUCUCUUCUAUGUACCUUAACCUGAACCUCACUUCCUGCAUGAAACUCUUCAACACUUUUAGUAAUGGAUUACCUAUUCCACACAUUUGCAACAUCUCCCACAUUGCUCGCCUAUCCACCCUAUCGUAUGCCUUUUUCCUUACCUGUAUCAAAGUAUUGUUUACUCUUUCGCUUCAGUGUAAACACUAAGUCUACACAUACCCCACCUUCCUAAAUCCACCCUUCUACCCUGCAGUCCUGCAUUCGAUGAUAAUUCGUCUGUCACCAUUACGCGGUACUUACAUUCUCUCGUGUCCCCUUGUACCUUAUACAAGGGAUCUUUGCAUGCCCUCUGCCAAUUCUUAGGUACCUUCUCUCCUCAUGCAUUUACUGAACCAACUUACCAGCCACUAAAAUGAUAUACCCACCCAUUUUGUCUAACAUCUCUUUUUUUUUUUUUUUCCAUCCGCCUCAUUUGCUUUACCCCUUUUCAUUCUACCUCAAGUCUUGAGUAUUUCUCCCAUACACAUCUGGGACUUGGUUACUCCAGUAAGAUGUUAUUCCUUCCUGCAAAAUACAUGAAAUUACUACCUCCUUUUCUUUUGUACAUUUAACAGCUCAACACAUUUCCUCCAUCUACCCAACACCUCUGCCUCCCAACAUUAUUUUUAACUGCCAAGUCCAUUUGCUCCAAAACUGUUUAUUGUUCUCAACAAAAUUAGCUGAUUAGGCUUCACCCAUUCUCUUAUAUGUUCUCCUUUUGUUUGCUCUCUCACCACUAUUUUAACCUGUAUUACUUUCAGUUUAACUUAUUGCACCACUCACCCAUAUAUUUAUUAUUUUUUCUUGCAAUAUUUAUAUGUAUCUGUCUAUUGAAGUAAUGUGAGACAAGAAAACUAAGUUCAAUAUACUUUUUUUUCAUUGCUUUCUUAAUAUUUGUAAUAAUUUAGCUGCCCAAAAAGUUGCUUCAGAAUAAUCCUCAGUACUUCCGAAAGUUUGGGCUUCUUGGUUGUUUGCAAGAUGAUGAUCAAGUAGAACAUUAACAGUUAAUAGGUAAGAGAUACAAAAUGCUUUUCUAAAUUAGUUAUCCUUGUUAGCAUCUUGUAUAAUUAACAAGCAUCAGGUAGUGUGCUUGUAUAUACUUUUGUAUAUAAAGGGGACUUGUAAACAAUAGCAACUUGAUAAUCUGUUGCAACUAAAGUACUGAUGGUCAUUGCUGGCUGAUUAUGCUUCUUUUAGUUUAUAAUGGCAAUUUUGUAUAUGAGGUUUGGACCUAAAUCAAGAGAAUAUUUUAUUUUUUAUUUUGGAGAGGGUAGAAAGGAUUUGUCAACAACUAUCCUAGGAUAGGCAGACUUUUGUCAGUGAUUUAUGUGAUGUAAAUCAUUUAAAAAACCAACAAGUUGGAGAAUGUGACACUUGUGCAACAUUUGAGAAUCAUUAUUGAAGAAAUGUUUUGCCAGCCAGUGGCUUCUUCAGUCCAGUACAGAGAAGAACGGUGAAAGGUGAGGAGUGUGAGGUAAUCAGUCCCUCAGUCGUCUCCAAAAUGAGGGACUGAUUACCUCUUAACUCCUCAUCUUCCACACUUUUUUCUGUAUUGGACUGAAAAAGCCACUGGCUGGCAAAACAUUUCCUCAGUAAAGAUUCCUAAAUGUUGUAUAAGUGUCACAUUCUUCACUGUGAUUUAUGAUGUACAGGGUGUUAUGCAUCACAAAUAACUUGCUCAUUUACCUGCUCUUCAUAUUAAAAGCUCUUCAAGAAGUCAUAUGUGAUUCAACAAAAUUGUGUGAUAUAUUUUACAUCUAUUGCAUAUUUAUCAUGUGUAAUUUUAUUCGCUAUACAAUGAUCAUUUACCUCCCUUGUUCUUUUUCUUGGCGAAUUUGUGUACACAUUCUUGAAGUUCUGUAGUUAAUCCUGUACCAUUAUUAUGCUAUUUGUCAGCAUAUUAGCCUUUUGUAAACAUAUCUGUGUAGAAGAUGCUUGAUGGUAUUGAAAGAACUAAAUUCGUUGACGAUGAAAAAAUAUUACUCAACAAGAUUGUUUUAUUUUUACGUCUAGAAUUCACAUGGCUGCAUCAAAUAUAUUGAUGGAACAUUUAUAUUGAAGAGUGAAAUAAACUUGAUUUUUUCA